GUUGGGAUUUAUUUAUUUAUGUUUUUUUUUCAAAACAAGAACCAAACUCUCAGUGUAACUUUCAUCAACAGGUUAUUAAAUAGUCAAGAACAAUAAAACUUUAAAAAACAUGUGAAUUCAAUUUACGCAAGAGGGAAAUGAAUUAAUAAAAUCAUCAAAAUGGAUUACUUAUCUCAGUUCACAUGCUUAAAUUUUGAAUUUCUUUGUUUUGAUGUAUCAAUGGAUGCAAAAUAAUGCAUGUACGCGCGCCUUCUAAAUUCCAUGAUUAUUAUCAUUAUUGUGAUUAUUCCAGAAUAAAUCAAAAUGAUUUUAUUAUUUAGUUCAUCAGUUUAAUUUAUGUAGAUGAUGCAGAAAGACAAUUUAAGUUAUGUAACAUUUGUACCAUUAUAUGGAAUUUGGCAUAUUUAUUUCACAGCAAUUAUACUCGGUGCAAUUAUAAUUUGUACAGUUAUUGGAAAUAUGUUUGUUGUUGUAGCAAUUCUAACUGAUAGACAUUUACAACGUGUCUCUAACUAUCUCAUACUGAGUUUGGCCAUAGCAGAUUUAAUGGUGGCUACCUUGGUUAUGCCUGUUAGUGCUUUGAAUGAAGUAUCAGAAAAAUGGUGGCUUGACAUAGAUAGCCCCGUGUUCAACAUGACAUUGUGCUUGUAAUGUGUGUCCAUUUAAUA